ACGGCUGUGCCAGUCGGGCUCUGUCUGGCUUCUGGCAGCAUGGCAGCAAAGCUUGGAUCUUUCCUGCUGGCCCUUGUACUCAGCCUGGCUCAGCCAGCCUCUGCCCGCCGGAAGCUCCUGGUGUUUCUGCUGGAUGGUUUUCGCUCAGACUACAUCAGUGAUGAGGCCCUGGAGUCUUUGCCUGGUUUCAAAGAGAUUAUGAGCAGGGGAGUAAAGGUGGACUACUUGACUCCAGACUUCCCUAGUCUCUCGUAUCCCAAUUACUACACCCUGAUGACUGGCCGCCACUGUGAGGUCCAUCAGAUGACUGGGAACUACAUGUGGGACCCCAAUACCAACAAGUCAUUUGACAUUGGUGUCAACCAAGACAGCCUGAUGCCUCUCUGGUGGAACGGAUCAGAGCCUCUGUGGGUCACUCUGACCAAGGCCAAAAGGAAGGUCUACAUGUACUACUGGCCAGGCUGUGAAGUUGAAAUUCUUGGUGUGAGACCUACUUACUGCCUAGAAUACAAAAAUGUUCCAACGGAUAUCAAUUUUGCCAAUGCAGUCAGUGAUGCUCUUGACUCGUUCAAGAGCGGCCGUGCUGACCUGGCAGCCAUAUACCAUGAGCGCAUCGAUGUGGAAGGCCACCACUAUGGCCCUUCUUCCACACAGAGGAAGGAUGCCCUCAAGGCUGUCGACACCGUCCUGCAGUACAUGACCCAGUGGAUCCAGGAGCGGGGACUGCAGGACAACCUGAAUGUCAUCAUCUUCUCGGAUCACGGAAUGACUGACAUUUUCUGGAUGGACAAAGUGAUUGAGCUGAAUAAGUACAUCAGCCUGACGGACCUGCAGCAAGUGAAGGACCGAGGGCCUGUCGUGAGCCUCUGGCCCGCCCCCGGGAAACACUCAGAGCUAUAUAACAAAUUGAGAACAGUGGAACACAUGACCGUCUACGAGAAAGAAGACAUUCCAAGCAGGUUCUAUUACAAGAAAGGGAAAUUUGUCUCUCCUCUGACCUUAGUGGCCGAUGAAGGGUGGUUCAUAACUGAGAAUCGAGAGAUGCUUCCAUUUUGGAUGAACAGCACUGGCAAGAGGGAAGGCUGGCAGCGCGGGUGGCAUGGAUACGACAACGAGCUCAUGGACAUGAGGGGCAUCUUCCUGGCCUUUGGACCUGAUUUCAAAUCCCACUUCAGAGCCGCACCGAUCCGGUCCGUGGAUGUCUACAACGUCAUGUGCAAUGUGGCGGGCAUCGCCCCGCUGCCCAACAACGGGUCCUGGGACAGAGUUGUGUGCAUGCUGAAGGCCGGCGCCGCCAUCCCAACGAGCAGCUGUGCGCUGGCCUUGACUUUUCUCUGGCUGUUUGUAUAACUGACCUUAUUGUUUGUCCCAAAAUACUGUGAGCAAAUGUGCCUCCAAAGUGGAUAUUUUUUUUUUUUUCAUUUUCCAUUUGAAUAAUAGCUUCAUUAACACAAUCAAGGCCAUAAAGAUUGUAAAUACAUUUUUCCUGAAUGUUUCUAUACAUCAAAGUCCCUGCUUCUCAAAAAAACACAUAGCUUUGUUUUUCCUGAAGGUAAGGAAAAUCCCAGCUUUUCCUCAUUUGUUCAACUGUAUUUUUCUCCUCCUAUCUGAGCAGGAGCCUGCCCCCGUAGCAAACAGAUCUUGAGCAGAUACUGCCCAGUGGUCCUGGGUCUGGCUGUACCCUGCCUUGCACGAGCUGCCUCCCAGGUCAGGCCCUCAGCUGUGCCCUGUCCACACCCAGGAGCCAUCCUCGGAGUCUGUGGCCACAAUCCUGUACCUUCCAUCCCAGAAAAGAGGAGGUCUGCAUUAAAGCAAUAGCUGCCGAUGUCUGUUUCUGACCCAGCUUAGGGAGGUUUUUUGUUUGUUUGUUUGUUUUUUGUUUUUUCUAGAAAGUCUCCAGCAAGGGCAUAUCUCAGCUUGGAUCCCCAAUCAAACAAAAUCAUUAAGAACUUGAGAACUAAUAGAACAAGGUAAAAGAUAUCAGUUUCCCCAAAGUCUGCAUGGCAAACAUUUCUCCCUUGCCUUGAGAAGCAGAAAAGCUUAGAUAGGUAGGGGCUUCUCGGAGAAUUACCAUAGUGUAUCAUGGGAUGAAGCUUUGCACAGAGCAGGGCCUGAAUGCUAUGGACGGAUGGAGGGCCUGCCUGCCCGCCUGCCUGGGUGAAGGCUUAUGCAGAGACUGCCUCUCUUCGGGGCCCGAUUCGGAGUGCAGACCUUAGCAAUCGUAUCAUUGCAGGCUGGGAAAGGGAUGUCUUACUGUUGAGAGCAUGGACAUAUCCUCAGAAAUCUUGGCUCACUGUUUGGAAUGAUGUUGUGUUAAGCCUGAGUUUUAUGCACCAGUGGUCCUGAAGCAAUGCCUUCUUAACAACAACAAAGUGAGUCUUUGAGUGACCCCCCCAAAUCCAAAGAACAUGGCAGCAGCAGGAGAAUGUGUUGCAGCUGAAUCCCAGUCACUGACCAACUAGCCAUUUUGAUUAGGAAACCAGUUUGGUCAAGGUUGCUUCCUCAGGGUCCUAAGUUAGUUGGAACCUGUGAGAAGAGCCAUUGAGCCUGAGUUAAAAUAUUUUUAGUUUUGUCAUCUAAGUUUGCUGUAGGAGACUUUGUUGUCAAAUAAGGGAUAACUGCAUUUUUAAUUGAUUGGACUCAUGUCUACAGGCACCAUACUAUAUUUCUCUCUCAUUUCAUUAAAACCAAGUUUGCACUAAAUGAGGCACAUCUGCAAAUGGAACUUGUUUGGUCAGGAAAGUGAACACACCAGGUCUUUUUUAUAUGAAGCUUUUACAUGGUGUUUACCUUGAAAAAUGAAUAGCAAUGCUCACCCUGAUUGAAGAGUGCUGGGAGUUGUCUUAGUACCAUGAGUGAUGGGAGCAAAAGAUCGCUGAUUUUUAAAAAUUCAAUUUAUCUUCACAAAAGAUUUCUGUAACAGUACUAAGCAUUUAUGUAACAUGUUUUUAAAGCCCCAGCAAACCAUGGAAUCAAUUGGAAAGAAGGCAAAUCAGCCUUUGUUUUCUGGCUGAAAGCAAAUUAGUGCUUUCAGAACAUUGGCAGUGGGUUGUUGAAACAGGCAUCUAUUGUUCAAAGUUUUCUUUCUCCUCAAAGGAGUGAAUUCAGUGGAGCCUAUUUCCCCCACAUGCGAAGGAGGAAGGAUUCUUACAAAGAUAUCCAAGUGAGUAAAUUAAAAGUGGAUCAUCAAAACCAGGAAGGGUCUAAACAUGCACACACCCUUUCAUUUGUCCUUCCUGUUCUGUUACACAAUUUUUCUACCUCAAUCAUCCUUAAAAUCUUAAAGUUUCAUAAUAACAUUUUAGAUAACUGUCUGACAAAAUGUAGUUGCUCAGUAAAUAUUUGUCAAAUAAAUGAAUGAGAAUGAGAUUCAAAAGGAAUCAUGAAUGUUGAUAUGAUUCAGGCACUGAAUAGGAAGAAAAUGUUUUGCCUAAAACAAUGCAUACAUUUUAGUGGCUGAAUUUUUUGGUCAAACAUUUUUUUUCUUUGAUUAUUUAUUUAUAGUUACAUUAUUGUCCCCAGGAAAAUUCCACUUUCUCUAAAUGUGUUUGCUUCAUAGGAAUAAAAUCUGUUAGUAAUAUGUAUGGACACCUUUUCUUCUGCAUUAUUUUACUACUUUACUGCUACUUCCAGCAAGAGGAUAAGUGGGUUGACCUGCAAACAAUCAGGAAUAAAUGAAAGGAGUUAUCCUUAAAUUAAAGAAGAGAUGAAUGGCUGCGUCCGCUGCCAUAGGCUUAAUCUCCAGAAUCCAAUUCAAUUAAGUUCUGAAAACCUAAGCAAAAACUACAACAGGCUCAGGAAAUUCUUUCUAGCCUAGAAGCAUCCUGAAUUACAAAGUCCAGCUCCCUUUACUUUUAAAGGGUCUUGGGAAAUCCACACCAGAUCUGAGUCCAGUCAUAGAUGGCUGUUUGCAAACUUUCUGGGAUUUAAGAUUCAUCUCGCCCUACCUACAGAGAGGCAGGUUCAAAGCAUUUGGGGCGGGGUCUCAGACAACGCGUUUAAGGUUUGGGUUUCCUCUAAGGAGGGCUGGGUUCUGAUCUAGCAUUCUGCUUUUGGCAUUGGUAUUGGUUCUGGCAGAUCUAAGUCUGCUGAAAGCAGCUGCAUAAUCAGCUGAGUCUGACUGACUUGAGCUCCUGGGCCCAGUUGGGUCAAGCUUCCAGUCCUCCUUAAACCAAAGGAGAUCUGUAAGCCCCAGUGGUGUGGGGAGGAACCAAACAGUCAAAGCUGACUUCUCCACACCCCUCUCCUUUUGGGUCUAAGAUUCCCAGUGGUGCUACCAGACGAACUCAGACAUUACUAAAGAGCUGUUUCAUGAAUUUUCUACAAAAGCGUUUUGCAUUUCUGUAAAUAUCAAGAGAGUUCCAAAAUGUGACUGUAUGUUGAAUUUUUUUAAGCAAUUUGUGAUAGACUAAAGUCAGCUACUGUAAGCUACUUGCUAGAAAGAAGGGAGGUGGUAGGCUUGGCACAAUGAUUAAAAACAAAACAUUUGAAACCUGGGCUCAGGUCUGUGCUAUAGCAAAUAUACUUACAUGUUGCUUUGAAAUUGUACAGUGCCUCAAAUGUUUAAUUCAUGUUCCAUAAACAUGUGGAAUGAAAGAAAAGAAUAAAUAUCAUUA